CCUGCCCCCGGGAGGAAGUCGUUUUGGCGAGCAUUUUGGCCUACAAAAUACAACGGUGUAGAAAAACACCCACUGGGGGAGGAAAUACAGCCAAACCGGGCGCGGGACAACGAUAAAACUGUGUCUGGAUAUAAUGAACGGUUUUUCGGUAACACAGUUGCUCCUUUCUAUUGUCCAAAACCGUCGAAGACGCCAUUGACACUUUUAUUUUGAAACCGGAAGGAAUUUGUUUAUCUCGCUGAAAUGACACUUGCAGCCAUGGACACACGUGCAUAAUGGAGCUCUGCUAAACAGGACUUUAACAGCGAUUUGACAUCCAGGUAUAUAAACCUUUAUUUUAUCUCAACCGCCGAUGAGUGAGUCUGGAACGAAGCUUUGCGGAAGACACGCCAGCUGAGCCACACAAAAACCAAGAUGAAGGGGAAAGACAAGCAGCGGCGGGCGCUGGGGGAGACGGCGCGGACAGCGGUCAGCAGCGACGACGAAGGCUCCGACGUGGAGAAGAAUUUUGCACUGCUCACUGAGAGAGGAGGAGGAGGAGGAUGGACUGAGGAGGGAGAGGAAGAGGAGGAGUUCGGCGACCAGGAGGUGGAUGGGUCUGAUGAUGGCGAUGAGGAAGAGUCUGGUGGCGAUGAGGAAGAGUCUGAUGAGGGUGAAGAAGAGGAGGGAGAUGAAGAAGAAGAAGGUGGCAGUGAGGAGGAGGAGGAUGAUGAUGAAGACCCAGAGGUUGUCGGUGGCAGCAGUGAGAUCCAGACGAGAGAAGACAUUAAAAAAGAACUGUCCAACAUGUCCUUUGAGGACAUCAUGAAGCUGCAGAACAAAGUGGGAACCAAAGUUUACAACGAGGUCGCCUACGGCAGCAACAAGAGCCGUGAGACCGGCAAGAAGAAACGACUGAACAAGAACAGACCGAUGGAGAUCUCAGCCAAGAAACCAGCACCGUUCCUCCGUCAGGUCGUCCCCGUCAGGAAACCGAUGUUGAGAGAUCCUCGGUUUGACGACCUGUCCGGAGAAUACAAACCUGAGAUUUUCGAGAAGACGUAUAAAUUCAUUAAUGACAUCAAACAGAAGGAGAAAGAGGUCGUCCAGAAGCAGCUGAAGAGGACGAAGAAGAGCAACCAGAGGAAGGAGAAACUGCAGUUCCUCCUGAAGAGGAUGGAGAACCAGGAGCGAGCGAGGAAGAGCCGAGAGCAGCAGAGAGAGAGAGAGCUGCAGUUCAAGAGGCAGCAGAGAGAGCGAGCCAAUCAGGGCGCAGGACCCUUCUUCCUCAAGAAAUCUGAGCAGAAGAAGUUGCAGCUGGCUGAAAAAUACCAGGAGCUGAAGAAGAGCGGCAAACUGGAGAACUUCCUGAGCAAGAAGAGGAAGAGGAACGCGGUGAAGGACCGCAGGAAGCUGCCCAUGUAGCGAGGCCUUCAGUGACCGGACAGAAAUAAAAUGACUCCCAGCCUGUAGUGGCCCCUCUCGGCCUGCUGGUGGAGCUGUGGUCUCUACUUCAGGUUCUGUGUUGGAUGAAAGACUUUGGCUUUCGCAGUCAACAUUUAGUCAACAGUAUUUUAGCCUGACGGAAUAAUUUAGACUCAAGGUUCACUUACAGGCGCUUUCUGGAGCUUUCAGCCACAUCUACCCAAGUACAUGUGGUGGGCUCAGUUGAAAGGUCAGGAAAAGCUAGUACGUAAGUAGACCUUGAGUCAGGAUUAUAUUGUCAAACAGCUACUUCUCUAAAGUCAAGAAUGAACUGACGCACUCAACUUUAUUUUACUGUCAAAGUCAAAUUGGCGUCUGUUGAAAAAAAUCUGUGGUGCAUUCAGUGACGCUCGGACAUCCUGCAGUUGAUGAUGGACCGGGGAAAUUCAUCAUGUACCGUGUGUCAGAAAAUUGACUUCACGUUAAUAUGAAGUUAAUGUAACUCUGACUAAAUAAAAAUGACAAACUGUUGA